AUGCCGUCGUACGAGGACCUCCUGCACGCGAAAGCCGAGGCCGUCUGCGACAAGUUCUUCGACGCGCUCGUGAAGGACGACGUCGCGCUCGAGGUGAUCCCGUCGCCGAAGCGCGCCGGGCAUCGCGGCCGAUGUCGCUUCGCGAUUGUCGCCGACGCCGCCGACCUCGACGCCGCGGACGCGCGCGGCCGCGCGCCGCUUCGAUGCGCCGUCUACGAGAAGGGCGAGGUCCGCGCGCUGCGAUGCGAGGACGCGGCGGGGGUUCGAAGGGAGUUCCCCGCGGCGUCCGACGCGAUCGCGCGGACGAUGCCCGGGUUUACGCGCGCCGUGAAUUGCGCGCGCGGCGGCGGCGGCGACGGCGGCGACGACGGCGAGUCCGCGCUCACGCGGGGGCUCGCCGCGGCGGAGUUCCUCGCCAGCCGCGACGGCGAGGUCGUCGUGACGCUGUGGUACGCGGGGAACGCGGGGAAUCUGAAUGGUGACGUGGCCGAAUCAAAAGGUGCCACGUGGGAUACGUGGGCGAACGAGCUGAUGGCGAGCGUUCCCGGCGUCGUCGGCGUCGUCGCGCGUCGAAGAGGGCGAAAGCCGACGACGAACUCGACCGGCCGCGACCACGUCUGGGAGACGAUGACGAUCCCGAGCUUCGCGACCGACGAAGAGAUUGAUGAAACCGGGGCCGGGGGCGACGCCGGUCGAGCGAAAGCGAAAGCGAAAACGCCGCCGCUCGAACCGCCGGGGCUGCGGUCGACGCUGACGUACAAGCAGGUGGAGGGGGCGUUUUCGUGCCCGAACGGCGACGUCGCCGAGGAGACGGCGAGAAGCGUCGUGACCGAGAUCGCGUACGAGCGGAUCGGCGCGGGGAAAACGAAAAACGGUUUCAGCGAAGACGUUACCGAGUUCCCGACGCUCUCGUCGCUCACGGAGCUGUACUGCGGCAACGGGAACCACACGUGUUCGCUCGCGCCGUAUUUCGACGAGGUGUCCGCCGUGGAGAUCGACCCGCGGCUGUGCGCGGCGGCGGCGGAAAAUUUUAAAGCCAACGGCGUCGCGAACGCGACCGUGCGCGCGCUCCCCGCGGAGGCGUUCGCCGCGGAAACAGAAGGAGAAGACGCGAAAAAGCUAAACGGCGCGUUGAACACCGAGGGCGUCGUGCUCGUGGACCCUCCGCGCGCGGGGCUGGACGAAAAGACGUUGGCGUUGGCGAGAAAGUUUCGAUCGAUAAUAUACAUCGCGUGCGACUUCAACGCGCUCCAUCGCGACUUGGAGGAGCGCGGGUUGCGACGGACGCACGUCGUGAAGGAGCUAGCGCUGUUCGAUCACUUCCCGUUCAGCGCGUUCGUGGAGGUCGCGGUGCGGUUGGAGCGGCGGGGGGAUUCGUAGGAUACUGACCGUAGAAAUAAAAAAUAUGUGGAAGUCGAAAAGGUUAACCGGA